UUUGCUUCGAUGGUAAAUUGAAUCGCAGGACACACGCUAGCAGUCCAGCCAGGUGUGCUCACGGUGAUUUGGUGCCAGGCUGCUGUGACGUCUUCCUCUGUACCCCCUGGCGAGUCAUGUGUCAGGUGAGGUGCCAGCCGAAGCUAUCAGCGUUGAAAAGACGUGCGCUUUAAUUGUAGUCGCAGUUGGAAGAAGUUGGGGAUCGGUUGCUUUCGUCCCGAGUCGAUACCGCGCAUGUGGUAAUAUAGUAAUUAUCGGAAAUGACCAGUUCGUGAAUAAUAGUAUCAUCAUCGCCCCACCUGUGCAGUAGGAGCCGGGUUUGUGUUUGUUGUGACGUGGAAGAAACGGGACAAUGUUGCUUUUCCAAGCCCGCUCCAAGUCGAAACGUUUUUUUUGCACGGCAGUGUUGUUCUGAACCAGCAGUCUGAAACACGAUAUGGCUGCUGAUUCAAGUAUGUUUUUAACAAUGUUAACAGUGGACUCCGGCCAGAUACAGAGAGCUGAUCUGAAUCCGCGCACGCACAUCGCAGGACUGGACCAGUCCACCUGCAUCAGCGAAAACUUCCUCACUGUGAAAGGGGCUGCCCUCUUCCUUCCACGAGGAAAUGGCUCCCCGGGUCCCAGAGUCUCCCAGCGACACAACAAGCAUGCAGGUGACCUCCAGCAACACUUGCAGGCCAUGUUUACACUGCUGCGUCCCGAAGACAAUAUCAGACUGGCCGUCCGGUUGGAAAGUGCUUUCCAGAGCUGCAUGCGCUACAUCGUGGUCGUUUCAACCAAUGGCAGGCAGGACACAGAGGAGAGCAUCGUACUGGGAAUGGACUUGAACACCAAAGACAGCAGCUCCUGCACCCUGGGUCUGGUUCUGCCUCUGUGGAGCGACACGCUCAUCCACCUGGACGGAGACGGGGGCUUCAGUGUCUCCACCGUGAACAGAGUUCACGUCUUCAAACCGGUGUCGGUCCAGGCCAUGUGGUCGUCACUCCAGAGCUUGCACAAGGCGUGCGAAGUGGCUCGCUGCCACAACUACUACCCCGGCAGCCUCUUCCUCACCUGGAUCAGCUACUACGAGAGCCGGGUGAACUCGGACCAGGUGUGCAUCAACGAGUGGAACGCCAUGCAGGACGUGCAGUCCCACCGCGCUGACUCCCCCGUGCUCUUCACUGACGUCCCCACGGAGAGGGAGCGUACAGAGAGGCUCAUCAAAACCAAACUGCGAGAGAUCAUGAUGCAGAAAGACCUGGAGAACAUCACGUCAAAGGAGAUCCGGACGGAGCUGGAGAUGCAGAUGGUGUGUAACCUGCGUGAGUUCAAGGAGUACAUUGACAAUGAGAUGAUCGUGAUCCUGGGGCAGAUGGACAGCCCCACGGAGAUAUUCGAACACGUCUUUCUGGGCUCCGAGUGGAACGCCUCCAAUCUCGAGGACCUGCAGAACCGAGGAAUUCGCUACAUCCUGAACGUCACUCGGGAGAUCGAUAAUUUCUUCCCGGGAGUGUUUGAGUACCACAACAUCCGCGUCUAUGAUGAGGAGGCUACAGACCUGCUGGCGUACUGGAACGACACCUUCAAAUUCAUCUCCAAGGCGAAGAAGGCUGGCUCCAAGUGCCUGGUGCACUGCAAGAUGGGCGUGAGCCGCUCUGCCUCCACGGUCAUCGCCUACGCCAUGAAGGAGUACGGCUGGAACCUGGAGCGCGCGCACAGCUUCGUGAAGGACCGCCGCACUGUCACCAACCCCAACCCCUCCUUCAUGAGGCAGCUGGAGGAGUACCAGGGCAUCCUGCUGGCCAGCAAACAGAGACACAACAAGCUGUGGCGCUCCCACUCGGAGAGCGACCUCUCGGACCACCAUGAGCCUGACUCCUCCUCUAAGCCCCCCCUCAACCUGAACUUCACCAGGAAGGACUCUGACAACAACAAUUCCCCUCUGGAGCACUUCCUGGGCAUGGCCGUGCUGCAGGUGCUCACCACUGAGCCGGCAGAGAAAGAGGAGGAGCUGGAGGAGGAGGAAGAGGAGGAAGAUGACGAUGAGGAGGAGGAGGGUCUGCAGCUCGAGUUCCAGCCCUGCCCAGACCUGAGUGCUGGAGAACCAGCCUCGGAGAGCGUGUUGGGACCCUGCGGAGGUGAGGAGCCUGGACCUGACUCCCUGCUUCGGGACUGUCCCCCAGUGCUGAUUGAACUCAAAGAGACGGCGCUUGGCGAUUUGGAGGAGGAUGACCUCGGGGCAGAGCAGAGGGGCAAACCUGUGUCUUCCCUAAGCGGAGCGACUGAUCCAGUGAUUUCAGACCCCCCAGAGCAGGAGCCAGGCUUCCUGGAGAUCGCGCAGCAACCAAAUAACAAUAAUAAUCCCGGGGAGUACCCCUCCCCUGCCCUGUCCAGCCUCAGCACAGACAGCAUCGACUUCUUCAGCGCACGUGAGAAGUUCCUGGAGCUCUCGCAGGACGGGCGGGCGCACUCCCUCUCUCAGACCCGCACGGAGGAGCAGGCAGCUGGGAGGACUCGCCCGUCCUCCUUCUCUUCAUCCAGGGGUCCUAGCCAGGAGCUGCUGUCCGCAGAGGAAUGCGCUGUUGUCCCAGCCGAGGAGCCAGUGAAGGAGCAGCCUGCAGAUGUGAGCGGCCCCCUCGCCAAGUCACAGUCCGAGAACGGGAUUUCAGUGAAGGACAUAGUGACUGAGCUGGAGUCCAUCAACCAGGGCGGUGCGCAGUGCAGGACUGACCCUGCUUCCACUAUCCCCACCGCUUCGACCCCAGCACCAGCCCCCCUCAAGAGGAACACCAUCCACGACCUGCCGGGGGAGUCUGCAAAACCUCCCAGAGGAGAGGAGGAGGAGGAGGAGCAUCCGAUACUGGGGACGAGUCUACAGAGGGACCCUGAAGCAGAGGACCUGCCCUGGCCAGGGGAAGCAGCCCGGGAGGGUUCUGUUCCCAAAACCGGGUCAGUGAAGCGGGUCACCAAGGAGCUGGAGCAGAGGCUGCGUCAUGACCCGACUGCGAACCUGCUGAUCCAGAAGAACUCCCGCCACGAUGAGCCCCCCUCCGUUGAGAGCUCAGGGCGUCCUUACAAAUCGGGGGACUGUGAACUGGCUCCACAGGAGAAUCAGCCAGGGAUCCAGACUGAAGGCUCCUCCGAUGCCCCUGGCCCGCGUGGUGAGGUGUCUGUGCGCUGCGAGACUUCUGUGUGUGAGCCCUCGGAGCCUGCAGGGGACAACGAGGGCUCCCCCGUUUCAGAGACCCCCGGCACUGGCACUCUUCUCCCGGACCUGCUUUCCACUCACAGGAUCAGGAUUGUUAAAAUUACGGAGCUCGUUCCCAUCCCGACCCCUCGCCCCACGAGCCCAGCCACGGGGAACACCCGGGCAGGGCAGUGCAACCAGGCAGCUUUUCUGGAGGAGACGGGACACCCAUUGGAAGAGACCAGUGUGGGGGAAAAGAAAGAGGCUGAGGAGGACCAAAGUAAGGGCUUUGUCUACCACCAGACUCUCCCUUCAGUGGGGCAAAGUCUUCCCUCCCAGACCCCAGAUAACCAAAACACAGAAGACAGUUCCCCUUCCCUCUCAGGACUCCCUCCCUUCCCUAAACCUGGGAGCUCCCAGCCCUUUGUGAGGCUGGAGGGCGUGACGGUGCAGAGCAGUGAUACAGACAGCUUGAUGGGGGUGCUGCAGCUCGGAGGCUAUCCCAGCCUCCAGCAGAGUACAGAGGAGCUGAACAAGAACCGGGAGACUGUGUGUGAACUGCAAGCCUUCCUGUGUGACUCCACCUCGCCCCGCUCCUCCUCCAGGGGUCUCCUGGGGGCCUGUGCCGGUCUGCCCCACAGCUCCAGCAGCAACAGCGUGGCGGAGCUGGCCCCAGGCGUGGUGAGGCAGCGUGCCCGGGAGAUCGAGGCCCUGAUCAGGCAGGCAGGCCUCACUACCCCGUCCCUCAUGAAGCGCUCUGCCUCCCUGGCCAAGCUGGGCUGCCUGGAGCUCUCUCCGGGUGACCUGAGUGAGAGGGGCGCGGGGCUGGCAGCGGUGCAGAGGGUCGGCCCUGCCUCCUGGGACUGCAGGUGGCGCGGAGGAACCCCAGAGGACCCUUUCAAGAAACUGCGAGUGUCAUCUCAGCCCAGCCAGCAGGGAGAGCCCACACCGUGCAUGGUGGAGCAGCUGAGGACAGAGGGGUGCGUGGCACUAAGCCGGCCUAUGGAGUGCCUCGACGCUCAGUACGCCAAAACCUGCGGGGAGACCCUGGACCCUGAAAGCAGCUCCCCUCAGCUGUGCCAGGCCGGCACCGCGGAGGGCGUUCUCCCCCUGGCAUCGCGGCAACAGCAUGGCAGGACUCAUCCGCUGCGCAGGGUGAGGAAGAGCAACGAGAAGAAACGGACUGCCAGCUUCCUCUACAACACCAUGUGAGUGGGGCGCCCCCUGCAGGAAGCUCUCAGACACAGCACUUUCACAUGCUUGUUUUGUGUAUAUAAUGUGUGUAUAUAUUGUGUGCGGGCGUGUGUAAAUUAUCAUUUUGUGGUUUUGUUAGGUUCUGAAAGAAAAUGUAACCUCAGUUUUUUUUUUUUUUUUUUUUUUUUUUCCUUUGUAUCCUGUACUUUUUGGUUGUGACAUUUUUAUUACUGUUUAUUAUUAUUUUUAUUGUUGAAAUGCAAACAUUUGUUAAACUGUCAAACAACCUUGAAACCCUCUUUAAUAAAGACGCAACUCCAGAAGCUUUGCCCUUAUCAAACACACGUCGUCAGAGAGCACCAGUGAGGCACAAUUAACAUCGGAGCCCUGGGCUGUGCUCAUCACUUCAGGCUAUUAUUGGUUCAUCUGCUCGCCAUUUUUUUUGCAAGGAUUCCUAGUUAUUUGCACUUUUAAUAUGUACAUUUGACUUUUGUACAGAUGUUUUGCAACGAUUACCUUUUUGAAGUUCAGAUUGCUAGCUAGACCAUUGCAGAGCAUUUGCGAACAAACGCAGAACAGAUGAACCAAUCAAAACGAAUUACUCUCCCGUGCAGUGCUUCAUAGCUCCUGCAGGGGUCAGCAAUCUACAUUUAGUGCUGUGCGCAGGCCUCGCUGUGAUCCAAAGAAGACUCUAGUUUUCAGAGUCUGAAGUGUGAUGCAGCGGUACCUGCUGGCUGGCACUGGUAGUGGUGUCUACUUUUUAAACAGGGUUUUCUGUUCAGAGGUGAACCUGGUCAUUACUUGAAUACCACAGUCUGCCUUGAAAGCUCCUCACACAUCCUCGUCAAACGAAGGGGAGCAGGGGCUCACGCAACAAUUUAAGAUGCAUUUUAUUUUAGUUUUUCAAUUUUAUUUACAUGCCUCAGUGCUGCCUAUAGUCUUUGCUUAAAGAUGCACCGGGCUCCAAGUGAAAUUGAGUUUUUAAUUUGAGGCGGGGUAUCGUACAGGCUGUGCAUGCAAUUUACAUAGCAUGUUCUGUUUUUGUAUGAUUUUUUUCUAUACACUUUACUGCAACGUUAAAAACAAAGGAAACUUUUCAACUGGAAAAAUAUUCAUAAUAAGAUUCUACUGCUUCCGAUGCCCAGAGUGUUUUGAGUUUAAAACAAGGCUGUCUUCUGUGGCCCUUCUAUUAAAUAAGAGGGUUCCUGAGGGACUGGAUGAAAGCACAAGAAUUUAAUAAGUGUACUGGAGACUUGAGCCGAUCUGUGCAAAAAAAUAAACAAAACACAGUUGAAACAAUGUGCAUAUCAAGUAGGCAUGCCAGCUGAUUCCCAGCCUUGCAUCAAAUAGUUUGUUUUGUUAUUAUUAUUAUUAGUAGUAGUAGUAUUGCACAACUUGUACACUGUGGAAUUGUUUGCAUUCUGCUUCUGAGGAGUUUUCAAGUGAAACCCCUUUCGAAAGGUGAAGCACAUUCUGUACAUCAGUCUGAUGUGUUGCAAUACACGCUUUCCCUGGGGUUUGGCUCAUCUUUUCUGCUGUGAAAUGCCAAAGGAACCUCCCCCCAGGUAAACCAAUGGACUGCUCCCUGUGAGUCCAUGUGCCAAGGGCGAACCAACACUCAGUUAAUCUGGGUGUGUUUCCAACUCGCAAAUACAUGAAUAAAACCUUCAGUUUCCUGCAUAAUCAUUACGGAGCAGGCCGUGCAGAAAUGAUGUUCCUAUCCCCACAGAAACUGGAUGCGUUGUAUUGUUUAGUUAGUAAUGGGAAUGGAUUUUGUCUGCAGAAUGUCCCUCGUUAGUAAAUAUGAAGGUACACAAUCAUCUGUCUUUUAUCUUUAACUUUGUAACCACUAGGGCAGCAACAAGUCCUUCAUUCCCAAAAAAUGAUAAACCCAUCUGCAAUUCUGAACAAUAUCCAAGGUGGUUUAUCAUCAUUCUCUUGUACACAUGAAUAAACGUCUGUGUGUGUGUGUGUAUAAAAGCAUUUUGAAGUGGUCUUUUCCAAAAUCUGGUUUUAAAGAUGUAGCGUUUACAAUGUGAAUAUUAAAGCUGUACAGAAUGUAUGCUUGUAUGAGUUGUCCUGUGGGUGUGAGUGUUUUGCAAUGGACAGCCUUGCUGGUCAGUCUUCACGGAUAGUGUGCAAAUGUGAAACUGAUAUGUUUUUUUUAUUUGUAUUAUUAUUAUGAUGUCUUUAGUGGUUUUUACUGGACAAAACAACUGUAGAUGUUCACAGAAAGCAUGUGAUGGUAGUUAGUAAUUGUAUUUUAUAGUGGUGGUGUUUGUAUAGUGGUUCAGUCUCUCCGAGGUGUGCAGCGGGCUUUCCCAGUGUACCAAGCCACGUUGGGUGGGGGGACACGAGGGGGCUGUGCACUCGGUGGUCACGUGGCCACUCAGGUAAUAAUCACUGGCCAAAGUGGGUGCGAUGAUGGCUGUUCAUUUGUAACCUGUAAGCUGUGCGGCCACUUAUGACUGUUUCGUGGCAUCUAGUGAAUCUAUUUUUUUGCACCUAGACCUCGGAGCACCGUCUCUUUAUAGAAAUGUUAAGGAAGAAUGACCUCUUCCUCCUCCUCCUCCUCCUCCUCCUUCUGUUUCACAGCUAUUCUCCGAGCUUCACUAUCACAGCUCCACUCUCAGAGCUCCAUUCUCCAUUCUCGGAGCUCCACUCUCGGAGCUCCACUCUCAGAGCUCCACUCUCAGAGCUCCACUCUGAGCUCCAUUCCGCACCAUUGCUCAUACGUCCUUCUUUCAUUACAUCAUGCUGAUCUAAGAAACCUUACUAUUCCCUCUAGCUUGAUAGAAAAACUAUUUUUUUUACAUCCCAUGCCAGCCACAUGAAAUAAUGUAAUAAUUUGUGGCUUCAAAUUAAGAUAUUUAUUUGAGUAUUAUUUGAAUGUCCGCUGGACCCCCAUUUGCAGUAAUUGAGAGAGAUUCUUAUUCCAAUGUCUGUGCUUCUAAAGGUGGGCUGAGUUCAGCAUGUUUGUAUUGGCAGCUGUGCGUUUCAUGCUAGUGGAACUGCUCGUGCAGCACUGUGUUGUUGCAACGGGACUCUUCCAUUCCCUGGUUCUAUCAUUUUACCUGCCAGGCUUCCAUCAGAGCAACCCGAUACCCCUGCUGGCUUUGGACAAUUCCCAGCAGCACAUUUUCACAGUAAAAACAUAACGGUCACUGUUAUAGAAAAAGAAAAAAAUGUUUGACCAUGUUGAGGUGCUCAGGCUUGGAGAAUGUGCUUCCAAUCUGGGGUGAUUCAGCAGCCAGUUCUAAUGUGGGUUCAUUUUAAUUGUCUUAUAUUCUACUGUUUUUAUCGUGGUCCUUUCCACUGCACAGUCUGUUCUGUCAUGAGUGCUCUCUGUGAGUUUUUUAAUGUGAAGAUCUGCACUGGUGUGAAUUCAGUGUUUCUGGUACAUGUGGAAUAAAUCUUUAUUUUGGAGGAUAUUA